AUGGUUUUGGAGGAUUUUGAUAUGGAAGAAGAUAGCUUACCCGAUUUGGAGUUGAGUUAUCUACCUACUGAGUUGAUCAAUACAUCAACUUGUCCACCUGUGAUCAUUGCAAAUGAUCGACAGCUUCAAAAUUUUGUUGGUUUUGUUCAAAAGUGUGUUUCUACUCGAUUGUGUGUAACAUCUAAAGCCAAAGUUGAGAAUCUGAAUGAACCAGACUUUGAUCUUAACAAGUCGCCAGCUGAUUCAAGUACUGCUCAAGAGGAGGGAAACUCGGUUGAUAGGGGGAACGAACCAGCUCAUGUGUUUGUUGAGAGGCAGUGCGAGAAAAAGAAAGAAAAGAUUAGCAGAGUCGAAGUUGAUGAGGAUGCCUAUCAUGCUGAUACCAUGAUCUCGGCCAAAGAGGACAUACAUAAGAUGUCAAAGUUUUCUGUGCUCAAUGUUGUUAAGAAGGGACAAUUGUUUGAGAACAAAACUUUGCUGAAGGCGACUUUCGAAAUAUGUGCAAUGAAGCAUAACUUUCACUACGAAGUUAUCAAAACAGAUAGACAGCUUUGGUAUGUUAGAUGUGAGGAUAAUGCAUGCAAUUGGUGUGUUCGAGCAGAGUGUUUGAAGGAUUCUGCAUAUUUCAUUAUCAAAAAGUAUGUCGGUGAACAUACAUGUGCACCUUCAAGCAAAACCAAACCGGGUAGGACUGCUUCGGCCAAAACUAUAGGAAGUCUGAUUAUGCAUAGAUAUGAAGGGGUUAAGGAAGGGCCGAAAUGCAAUGAUAUAAUACAUAUUAUGCUUAUGGAUUAUGGCGGUGAGAUCACGAAAUCUUUAGCAUGGGAUGCUUGUGAAUAUGCGGUUAAUGAUGUUAGAGGUAUACCAGAGAGAAGUUAUGGAAAAAUACCGAAAUACUUGCACAUGCUGAGAGAGGCUAAUCCGGGUACACAUUCAUCGUAUGAGAUUGACAGCAAAGGGAGAUUUCGGAGUUCUAUUGGUUGCAACGCUGUAGACGGAAAUUCUAAUUUGUAUCCUCUUGCAUUCGGAGUAGUCGACUCAGAGAAUGAAAAUUCUUGGGAAUGGUUUAUGAGACAACUAAAUAUUGUCAUUGCUGAUGAUCAUCAUUUGGCUUUCAUUUCGGACAGACGUGCGGCCAUUGCUAAGGCGCUUGUGACUGUGUAUCCAAUAGCUAAACAUGGUAUUUGCAUUCAUCAUUUGUUGAAUAAUGUGGCGUCCAAGGUUUAUAGAGUUGCUGAGUUUGAAAAGAUAUUUGCUAAUGUGUGUAAUAUCAGUCCGGCAAUUGGAAAAUACCUAAGGGAUGCUGAAGUCCAAAAGUGGGCAAGAUGUCAAUUCUCUGGAUAUAGAUAUGACAUAAGGACAACAAACCCUGCCGAAUCCAUCAACUCUGCUUUGCGUUCGCCGAGAGAGUAUCCAAUCAUUCCCUUGUUGGACAGUAUCAGGGAAAUGCUGACUCGGUGGUUUUAUAACCGUAAAAAAAAGAUUUCAAAGCACAAUCAUCCUCUUACCAUAGAUGUGAAGAAAAAGAUUGAAAGGAGAACCAAGAAAGGCAAAAGAUUUGCAGUUUACCCUGUCAGCGAUGGUCGAUUGCUUGUUAGAGGUGAUAAAAUCGACUGCUUAGUUUAUUUGGAUAGACGUACUUGCUCAUGUGGGAAGUACAACCUGAUGAAAAUACCUUGUCGGCACGCAAUUAAAGCUGGUUUUCAUGUUGGCAGACAGCCACACACAUUGACUGAUUUAUUUUACACUACAGAAGCUUGGCGAGAAGCUUAUCAUGAAAGCAUCAAUCCUAUUGCUGUUCCUGAGGAUGCUUGGUCCAUGCCAGAAGAUGUUGUCGUGGUCAAUGUGCUACCACCAGAGUCAAGAAAAUCAGUUGGAAGGAAUAGAAAACGCAGAUAUGAAACUGUUGAAGAUAAAAUUCGGUCAUCGCAAACAUCACAAAAGAGACAGCCUCGCAAGUGUAGUAGAUGUGGUAUUAGUGGGCACAACAGAGCAACUUGUUGGUCUGUUCAAGUAUGCAAGUUGUGGUGUUUGAAAGUGCAGUAUUACCUUGUCUCCUAUGCUUUUGAGUUUGAGUUUGAAUUUGAGUUUGAGUUUGAGUUUGUUUGA